AUGAAGACUCUGCGAGGUAAGCGCGUUCUCGUCACGGGGGCAGGGCACGGCAUCGGCCGAACUCAAUCGCUGGCUUUCGCCCGCGAGGGGGCGGUGAUCAUUGGCACCGACAUGAACGUCGAUUCGCUGCCUCAACUGGCAAGCGACGUUCGCGCAGCGGGGGGCGAAGCGCACACCUUUCCGUUGAACGUGACCGAUUACGAUCAAAUUCGCGAUGUUCGCGACGAGAUCAACAACACCGUCGGUCCCAUCGAUUGCCUGGUAAACAACGCGGGCGUGGUCAGCGGAGGGGCGUUCCUGAACGUUCCGCUGGAGAAGCACCUACAGACUUACCAGGUGAACACGCUGGCCCUGGUGGCGAUGACGCAUAUCUUUCUGCCCGACUUGAUCAGCCGCGAUGAGGCCCACAUCGUACACAUCGCCAGCGUCAGCGGGUUCGUGGGCUUGCCGUUCGGCUCAACCUAUGCGUCGAGCAAGUGGGCCGUGGUUGGGUUCUCAGAAUCAAUCCGGCAGGAACUGAUCGAGUUGGGGCACGCGCACGUCGGCGUGACGGCCGUUUGCCCGGGCUACAUUCGCACCGGCAUGUUCGAUGGCGUGAAAGAGCCGAAGGGCAUGAAGAUGCUCACGCCCGAGCGAAUUGCCGACUGCGUGGUCACCGGAGUGAAACGAAACAAGCCGAUGGUGAUCGAGCCGCUGCUGGCCCGCCUGGCCCCCAUGAUGCUGGGCGUGGUCCCGACGCGGAUGCUCGACUCGAUUGGCAAGAUCUUCGGCACCAACACCACGAUGCAGCACUGGCGUGGUCACGGAGAGCCCAAGCCGGCCGCCCAGCCACCGGUGGAAGAGAAGAGGAAUUUGCCGCUACUGGUUCGGCCCGUUUGCCCGUCCAACGGGGGUUUACUGGCCACCACAGCCGUCGUAUUCGCGCUGCCGGAUUCGAGACGCUUUGAUAUCCUUGCCGCCCUCACAGCUCCCUCGGGCGGAGACUUGGAGAUGAGAACCCUGACCACGAUGAUCAUCGCGGUCGCCUUGGCGACCCCGUCGCUGGCGGCCGAAAAGAACGAGGCGAAAUCCACGCUCGGUCAACACAUCGAUAGCUUCUCACUACAAGAUUUCCGCGGCGAAUGGCACGACCUGAAAGACUACGCCGACAGCAAGGCGGUGGUGGUCGCGUUCCUGGGCACCGAAUGCCCGUUGGCCAAGCUGUACGGCCCCCGCUUGCAGGCCCUGGCCGAUGAGUAUGGCCCGCAGGGAGUGACCUUCCUGGGCGUGUAUUCCAACCGGCAAGACUCGAUCAGCGAGAUCGCCAACUACGCCCGCGUGCUGAAUAUUGAGUUCCCACUCCUGAAAGACGUGGGCAACGAGGUGGCCGACCAGUUCGCCGCCGAGCGUACUCCGCAGGUGUUCGUGUUGGAUGAAAACCGCACGGUGCAAUACAUGGGCCGCGUCGAUGACAAGUUCGGCAUCGACGAGGCAAGCAUGGGAUAUGCCAACAAAGACGUCCGCCGCAGUCACCUGGCCGAUGCCCUCGAUCAACUGCUGGCCGGCAAGCCGGUUCUGGAACCUUUCACCGAAGCACCCGGCUGCAUCAUUGGUCGCGUUCGUGAAGUGACGGACGACAGCAGCGUGACCUAUGCCGAUCAGAUCUCGCGAAUCUUGCAGGAUCACUGUGUUGAAUGCCAUCGCCCAGGCGAGAUUGCUCCCUUCUCGCUAACCAAUUACGAAGACGUGGUGGGUUGGGCCGAGAUGAUUGAAGAAGUCGUACGGCAGCAACGCAUGCCACCGUGGCACGCCGAUCCGGAGUAUGGUCAUUUCGCCAACGAUCGCAGCAUGACCAGCGAAGAGAAGGACCUGUUGUACACCUGGGUCGAUAAUGGUGCUCCGUUGGGCGAUCCCGAUCAGUUGCCCGAACCGAAGGACUAUCCCACCGGCUGGCAGGCUGGCCAACCGGACGAAGUGUUCUACAUGAGCCCCGAGCCCUACACCGUGCCGGCCGAGGGCAGCGUGGAGUACCAAUACUUCUACGUCGAUCCGGGCUGGACCGAAGACAAGUGGAUCGACUCGUCUGAAUGCCUGAUCGACAAUCGCGCGGUGGUGCAUCACAUCUUCGUGUUCGCCAUUCCGCCGGACAUGAACAUGGAACCCUGGGAAGGCCCCCGGGUACGCGGCGGUGAAUUCUCCAGCGGAUUGUCUCAGUUGAUCGCCGGUGCGGCCCCCGGUACACCGCCGAUGGAUUACCACAUCGACGGUAUGGCUGCUUUCUGCGAAGCCGGUACCAAACUGCUGUUCCAGAUGCACUACACGCCUGUUGGACACGAAGUGACCGAUCGCACGGCGGUCGGGUUCAAAUACGCCGAUCCGAAGGAUGUUCGUCACCGCGUCAAAACAAACAUGACGAUCAACGUGGGCUUCAAUAUCCCGGCCGGCGCGGACAACCACCCCGUGAAUGCCGAACGGACGUUCCGCGAGGACACGUUGAUUCUCAACUUCGCCCCCCACAUGCACCUGCGUGGGAAAGCGUUCCGCUACGAUCUCGAAUAUCCCGAUGGCACGGUUGAAACUUUGUUGAACGUGCCAAACUACGACUUCAACUGGCAAAUGGUCUACGAGUUGGCCGAGCCGAAGUUCGUGCCGGCGGGUUCCACGUUGAAGUGCUAUGCCCACUUCGACAACUCGUCGGACAACCUGUCGAACCCCGACCCCACCCAGGAUGUGACCUGGGGCGACCAGACCUGGGAAGAGAUGAUGAUCGGGUGGUUCAACGACUCGAACGACAUCGACUAUUCCAAACUCGAUCGUUCGUACUGGCGAACCACGCGGUUCCUCGAAGCAAUGGAAGAAGGUCCGCCGCGAAUCUCCUCGCUGCUCACCAGGGCCGCCGCCCGCGUGAUGCGCGACCCGGACGAGAUGCAGAAGUUCUGGGAGCGAUCGCAGAAGAUCGUGCCGCAGAUCGAUCGCGUGUGUAUCGCUACGGUGGAAGAUGGGAAGGUUGUUUUCCCCCGCGUGGCCCAGGCCGCCGUGCUGAAUGCUUCGUUGGGACAGACUGAAGUCACGUUCGAUGCCGACAGCUCUGCACUCGCUGAGUACUGCGGUGCCGACGAACCGAUCGUGAACGCCAGCCUGGCCGAAUUAAACUCGGUCGACAUGUCAGCGAUGACCGCUCGCUUGCGUUCCAGCCUGCAUGUACCGAUCACCAUCGAUGGCAAACCGGCCGUGGUUAGCUUCUGGAGCACCGAGCCCGAGGCUUUCCCACCCGCCGCAGUCGACAUCCUCGCCCCCAUCGCCAAAGAAGUGGGCGACGACCAGUAA